AUGUUCAGAGAAUUUUCAGCAUAUUUGACACUCGCUUUAGCCAUGUCUAGGGCGUGGGCAGCUCCCGUAAAUCUCUCGUCAUCGUUAUCAAUGAAUGAAGGGCAAAGUCUCCCGGCGGAAAGCAUAGUGGGGUUUUUGGAUUUGACUGGCGCAGAUGAUUUGGCCCUCUUUCCGGUGUCUAAUGCUACCAACACCGGAGUCCUUAUUGUGAACACCACCGUGUUGGACAGUGCUACGGAGAGUAAAAAGCGUGGGAAGAGAAACGCCAACGCGGAGGCCGAACCAUGGCAGUGGCUCCGUCUUGGCCGUGGCCAGCCCAUGUACAAGCGUGAAGCUAACGCAGAGGCAGAGGCCUGGAGCUGGUUACGUCUUGGGAGAGGACAGCCCAUGUAUAAGCGAGACGCGAAUGCAGAGCCGGAACCUUGGAAGUGGCUACGUUUGGGUCGCGGCCAGCCAAUGUACAAGAGAGACGCUAGUGCGGACGCCAAUGCGAAUGCCGAACCUUGGAGGUGGCUACGCCUAGGACGCGGCCAGCCUAUGUAUAAGAGAGAUGCCAGCGCCGCGCCAGGCGCACAACCGUGGCGUUGGUUGCGGCUCGACAGGGGCCAGCCCAUGUACUAA